AUGAAUGGAAAUUAUACAUCAACAAACCAUAAUACUUAUCUUGCAUGUGCUGGAGGAUAUAGAAUUUCAAGUUAUGAAGGUUAUAAUGGUGUUACUAAUUUUAUAUAUAAUUAAGGAAGUAUCAUAAUUUGUUAUUAUGAUCCUACUAAUUUUAAAUUAAAUUUAUUGCAUCUAAAUGUAUAAAAAUAAUUUAUAAAAAGGAUGGAAAAACUUACUUAUUAGAUUUAACAAAUAAUAAUGGUUUAGAAAUGUCUCCAUGUGUAAUGUUAUACGGAAAUGCAGAAGUAGAAUUUAUUUGA